AAAAAAGACCCCUACUAUGCUUAAUUUAACUUUUCAUUGUUUUAGGUAGUUAUUAUAAACCAGUCAUGUUUAUGCUAUAAAUGCACAAAAAGAAACGUGUGCCUAAAAUAAGUACAAUCCUUUAAUUUUAUUUAUGAUCUAAAAGUACAAAUCAGAUCAACAUUUGGUACUGUAUGGGAGCUUUGGAGAAAAAAGUAUUGGAGUCUAAAGCUCCUCAUGUAUGGAGGCUUAAGAGUGUUUUGAUCUCUGUUGAGUAACUAGCUGCUCGGUCUGCAAAUCUGUUCUAAAUCCAGUUCCAGUCACCUGUGGGAUUAGCUCCUUCAUUCAGCAAACUGCCUGACUGUGCAGAGACCGGAACAGAACCCCAGCAGCUCUGCAGAGGAGGACCAUGAACGACGCCGCACAGGAUGGCAAGGUGCUGCAGCAGAUUGAAAGGGAGGUGCGGAUGCGGGAAGGGGCCAGUAAACUUCUGGCUGCCUGUUCCCAAAAGGAUCAGGCCCUGGAGGCCUCCAAGAGUCUGCUGACCUGCAACGCCCGCAUUCUGGCUCUGCUCAGCCAGCUGCAGAAGAUCCGGAAAGCGCAGAUCCUGGAGCGGGCCGGACUCAGAUCUGCAGAGGAUGCUGCACCAUGCACUGGAAAAGUUGCGCUUUCAGAUUUGCGGUUUCCCCUCAUGUGGAAAGACUCAGAGUACUUUAAAAACAAAGGAGAGCUCCAUCGCUGUGCCGUGUUCUGCCUUCUGUGGUGUGACUCAGAAAUCCACGACACUGACAUCGUGAUGGUGGACAGGACUUUGACAGACAUCUGUUUUGAAGAGCCCAUCAUAUUCGACGAGGUGGGCCCAGAGUUCCAGCUCCGUGUGGAGCUGUACAGCAGCUGUGUGGUCGAGGACGCCUCCCCGGCGGUUCUGGCCAUCAAGAAAGGCACUUUCCUGGGAGGCUCAUUGGGAUACUCGUCAGGAAAGAAGAUCCGAGCUGCGUUUGAGUCCGCAGCUGGGUGUGGAUCUGUUGGAGGCGAUGGGAGGCCUGGAUAUUCAUCCUCUCUUGAGCAGUCUCCAGUGGGACCAAAAUACAACCUUCUGGCUCACACAACUCUGACUAUCGAAAAUGUACUGGAUGGGUUCAAGACCCACGAUUUGACCGUUUUAGCUACAGAGGACAGCCCCUUCUGGUUGCCCUUGUAUGGAAACCUGUGCUGUCGCUUAGUUGCUCAGCCUCUUUGUAUGACCCAACCAGUGAUGAGUGGUCAACUCACGGUUAAGCUGAAAGACUCCAACAUUUGGGAAAACAUCCACGCUGACCUCAAGGGGCAAACUCUCCGCUGUUAUCAAACUAAAGAAGACCUGGAGUCUGGGAACAACCUGAUGCUUCUAAUUCCAAUCAGGAAGGAUACUUGCAUCUGCGAGUCGGAAGGAUACAUAUGCAUCAAUGGACAGCCUCAAAGGAACAAUGCAGCCUUUGCCAUUUCUGCACACAGUCCUGAAGACACGCAGCGCUGGCACGAGGCCCUGCGGCAACAUCUCUACAACCUGGAACAGUGGAAGCACUCCUGUGACCAGCUCAUGAAGAUCGAAGUGCCGAAAUCAAAGAAACCCAGCCCGCUACUGCAAGGAUCUCUUUUUCAUGAAAUAGUAACGCCGUCUUCCCCGAGAAAGGGCCCUGUGAAUCCAGAUCUGUCAAGUGAGAUCCGCACAUUGCUCUCCUCCUACUACAAGGAAAGUCAUUAAUUUCCCGACAAGACAACUCCAAAUGGAAACGGAAAUGAUGAAGAACUGCCGUCACUAAGGGAUCACAAGAUGUGUGGUGUUGAACCUUCAACCUCUGUUUUUUUGUUUUUUUCAUGAGAAAAACAAUCAAAGUGGGAAAAAAAAAACGUAACUAUACUUAAGUUAUAGUUAUAGUUGCAAAAGAUGUACAUAAUAAAACUAAAGUCAAAUAAACACUUGUUCUCAUUCCGGUUUAA